CGUGAGGGCUCUUGUUAGAGACAACGUUUUAUUUCUAAAUUAUAAAUAUAUUCUGGACAAUGAAAUAUAUAAGUGAAUUGAAUUAUACAAUGCUUUCUAUAAGCUAUGGUCUUCCAGAAGAUCUGGCUCACUCGUCAUACACUAAGGCGAGUAUAGAGAGUGCAUUUGUAACUAAGGUUGCCGGUUUCGGCGCUAUCAGUGGAGUAUUGGUGGCCCUUCUUAUCGAUUAUCUUUUUCAUUUUGAGUAUAAAUCAUUUAAAAAGAAAGUGAAAAUUAAAAUGGGAGAUCGAGUUUUGCUUCAUAAAAUCUUAAUUUUAACCAUUUUACCGUUAAUUUUGCCAUUUGUUGCAUCGCUGUUAUUAGUGGCCUUUUUUUAUAAAUUAAUUUGUUCUGUAAUCAUUAAGAGAAAAGACAAACAUUUUGCGGGAUUUCUUGAUAGUUUUGACGUAUUCUGGAGCUUAGAAGAUGAUGCAACUAAGAGUGUCAUUAACGUGCUCGGCGUUAUUGAAUCCAAAUCAUCUCAAGAUUUAGUCGACCACAUAAGGGAAAAAUUACAGCGCGUAAUGCAAAAUUCCGAUGCCGAGAAAAUAUUUUAUAGAAGAAACGAAGAGUAUGGGUUUUACUACUGGAGAAAAUGUUGCUAUAUAGAUAUCAGUCAAUAUGUGCGCAUCGUUGAUGUGUCAAACAGCACCGAGCUAAGUGUAUCAGACUUAGAGGAAGUAAUGACUGAAAUAGCCUACCAACCUUUACCUUUUAACGACGAGGGACUGUUUCAAAUAUUAAUAACAAACCAAAAAUUAAAAAGUGAUAACAAAAACGACGAAUACGGUGUUAUAUUUAGGAUACAUCAUGCUGUAGGUGAUGGCGUAUCUUUGAUAGAAUUUUUAUGUGAGUCUUUAGCAGACAGAGAAAAUGAAUCGAAUCUGUUCUGUAUGCCAGAUUCUUACAGAAGUAAUACCAAAAAGACUCCUUCAGAUUUGAUGGAAAUGAUAAUAAAACUGUGUAAGAUGCCAGGGUCCUUAGUAGAUGGAAUCUUGAGAGAGCCAGAUAGAACUGCUUUACACGGUCCAAAGUUAAUUGGCAAAAAACUUUUUAAGUGGACAGACUCGGAUGAGAAUUUAUUUGGUUUAGUAAAAGACAUAAAGAAAAAUUCGGAAGAUUUGAAUUUUUCCGAUAUUUUAGCAACGUCCCUAUCUUGCGGUUUACGAGAUUAUUACAUAAAGGCAAUUGACCCAGCGCCCAAUACGGUUUCAGUAAUACUACCAAUUAGAUUUCCACCAAAGAAAACAGGCGUUUUAAAAUUGGAAAAUAAUUUUACUGUCGCUAUAUUGGAUUUACCGAUCGGAUCCAAUAUUGGAGAUGUAAGAAGAAAUUUUAACAGAUUGCGAGAAAGUGCUGAUCCUCUUACAAACUAUUAUUUUCUAAAGGUUUGUAGUAUUUUGCCAAAAGAAAUACUCUUUCACGUAUUUUACAGUAACCAAGCCACAAUGGUGCUUAGUAACAUGCCGGGCCCCAAAGCUUUAAGCAUUUGUGGUGGAGUAAUGAAGUCUUUGGUAUUUUUCAUUCCAAAUAAAGGAAAUACAGGUUUAGGUGUAACCGCUCUAUGUUACAACGGAGUGCUAAGAUUUGGAGCAAUAGCUGAUUCAGCGUUAGUAUCAAGUUCAGAUGAGCUAUCUAUAAUUUUGAAUGGAAUGGUCAAAGAAAUAAAACGGUUGCAUAAGGAACAUGUUAGUUAAUCGCAGCAGACACAAACUGCCUUAAUUUUGACUUCUCAGUAAAAGGUAUGGAGAAGAUCAAAACGAGCAGCUCGUUCAGAUAGUGGGCAGCACAAUCACAAUCUCAUCCCAUUUGGUCUAAGCGAAGAUUUAUAUGUACCUUUUUAACUAAUAUAGAGUCAAUAAAAGACAUA